CUGCGGAAACCCUUGAUCGAGAAGAGACGCAGAGAGAGGAUAAACUCAAGCCUUGAGCAGCUGAAGGGUAUUAUGGUGGAUGCCUAUAAUUUGGAUCAAUCUAAAUUGGAGAAGGCAGAUGUUCUUGAGAUAACGGUUCAGCACAUGGAGAACCUUCAAAGAGGUUCAGGUAGUAGCAUCAGUCCAGGCAUUGGGUUUGAGUCUCGACAAAGAUACGGUAGCGGCUAUAUCCAGUGCAUGCAUGAGGUGCACAACCUGCUCCUGAGUUGCCCUGGGAUGGACAAAACUCUGGGUGCUCGUCUGCUAAACCACUUGCUGAAAUCUCUUCCC